AUUUGCAGUUGUCAUACAAUAGGAAAUCAAAAUUAACUGAGAACAAAAUUCGAAUAAAUUUUCAACUUGAAAUGGAAAAGUUUUCAACGGUUUUCAUCUUUUCUCCCCCCUACAGUGAAACGGGGGGAUGCAACUGCUGGCGUCCAGAUAAAAAAGAUUGCCUAAGCAUGCAGAAGGAAAGUACAGAAUAUGUGGAGCUAGACCUCGAGGACAUUGCGGAAAGUCUAAUGCAGGUGAUGCGUAUCUGUCGACUGCGUCCUUGGGAGGUGAAGCGCACUAAGAAUGUGAUCAAACGUUCCUUUCGCCACUUCGAGGAGAUUCGCUUCCGCAUCGAUCGAGUGCCAAGGAAACGUUUCAGCAAAGAGAACUUCCUGCAUGAUUUAGCUGUGGAAGCGGGCAUGGGUCGCAUGGACAGCCAUCUAGCCUACGGCAUAGUGAAACGCGCCUUCCAGGCCUACUAUCAUGGCACAGGCGAGGGAGGCAUUCGACUGCAGUCAUACGCUGACCAAAUGCGACAUCGCUCCGAAUGUCUUUGGUUGCAUGCUGCUAAGCGAACGGCGGAGAUUUUUGCGGUCUACGCGGGUUUGAUGUACUCGGAGCAAAUGAAGUACGAGGAGUGCAUCAAGUGUGCUUAUCUGAUACUGUAUAAGGAACUGCAAUCGCGGUUCAAAUUUGAGAAAUCCGAACCAAAGAUAUGUACGUGUAAGACGGAAAACGCGAGGGUGGACAGCGUGUGGGAUGCCUUAUCUGGGACGACACUGAUGAGUGGCAACACGGCCAUCACCACCGAACUGUUCUUCAACAAGCACACGUUCGAUGUCAGCAAUCCCACCUCGGUGGUUUCCGUUAAGGCCGAAUACAUGAUGGUCUCGCGUACCGAUAGAAUAAUAGGCGCAACCUCGUCUGCACCUGAGGAGAAGAUCUCCCAUCCCGUUGUUAAAGCAAACUCCAGCCAGAAUUCGAAGCAGAGCGGAAAGGCGACUGAAAAGAAAAGCGAGAAGAGCGUGGGCAAGAAGAAGAAACGCAAAAAGAAGAAGAAUCGCAGCGAGAAAUGCAAGUGUCCCAAUCUGCAGUGCAUCGGGAGCCAACGUCCGCCAGUUAUCACCGCCGAGUGUAGUCAAGGUCCCUACGUCUGUCGUUGGAUUCCCUACGAAGACACCUUCCCAGCCCACCGCGUGCCCUGUCCCCCCAUGGAGUCCAUCUGUCCCCCCUGCGACCACGAUGACCGACCCUGUGACGAUGAAUGCACUUGCACCUGCAAUGUUUGCACUUGUCCGCCUGCCGAUGAGUUCGUCGAAGAGGAACAUUGCGAAAAGUUGUCUGGUUCUGGCUUGGAGGAUCGAGAUACCGAUUUUUGCUGGCUGGCUCCAUUCCGUGAUGAAAAGGUUAUGCGGAGGGAAGUAGAGCAGUCGCUGUUAGACGAAGAAUUAGCCGAAGCCGAUGACGCAGAGGAAGAGCUCUUCGAGUGUCGAUGCACUUGUGAAUACAAACAACGCGCUUUUCCCCAUCUGUUCACCUACCUGGCGCCAUUCAAGACACCUCCAGUCGAACCCGAGCAGCCACCUGUUGAAAUACCCGUCAAGCCGAAGAAACCACCUUGCGGCAUCUCUAUGGAGACUUAUCGUUGCUGGAAUGAACCCUCAAGACCAUCAGAGGAUGAACCUCUCUGUCCGACUUGUCCUCACAUCGCACUGCUAGCACAUGCUGAAAAGUCGCUGGAUGUGAGAGCUCCAACAGUGAAAGGCAUCAGUAUGGACGUAACUGUGAAAAGCCAACAUUAUCCAAGAGAGGAGAGAAGCUCCAUAAAAACCCAACCUCGAGGCAAGGCUGGAAAAACUGCUCGACCUUCUGAUUCCGUUCAGAAAUGCGCCAAGGAACUUGAAUCAAAUUUAAAAGCAGUGGAACGUAGUAAAGGAAAUCAACAGGCCGCAAAAAUGCAAGAUACUAAGCGACAACCUCCUUUAGUCAUAUCACCACCUCAAAAAUCCGUUCCUUUGAAGCCUGUUCCUAUCACAGUUCCACCACAAUCAAAAGCUAAUGCCAAUGAACCAGACAAUACACAACGGCAAAGUGAUGACAAAUUAACUAAAGACGAUAUUCUAGAGAUGCUGGGCUUGAACAAGUAAUUAAUAAAAUUGUUGCAGUACUAAUUAAUUUAAAUGUAUUUGU